GUGGUGGCAACAAAUGUAAAAGUCACACCUCGCGGGUGAACACAGAGUGCCUCCUCGACAUUAUGCCCAAAGAGAGAUACAUGAUUCGCAUGUUCAACUAUGUCGUGUUCCGCGCCGAGGGAAUGGGUGAUGAGGAACGGAACGACGACCUCUUCAUGUCGUACAAGGACCUCGAAGAGAGGUAUGCACGGAGCGGGCUACGCGCAGCUGAAUGGGAGAAGGAACGAGAGAAGCUGCAUAGCAACAAAGUGAAGACGGUCCCUCGACGACUUGGAGGAGUGGAGGAGGCAAGGCAAGGUGCGGGCUUGGGGCCAACAGAAGUGAUGUACAAGGAGGCUCCGUUUCACUUCAAGGUGUUUAUAUACACUGUGAUCGAUAAGCUCGAUUUGCUUCGAGCGGAGGUGAAACGAAUCGCCUCCAGUGCACGUCAUCUUGUCUCGCACAAACUCGGCAGGCAGACGACAUUGCUUCCGGUAUGCAUGCGGACAAAGGAAGUAUUGGCAGCGCCCGACGACGUCAUCGCCUCCGCGCAAAAAAUGACAUGCAGGGACGCCAUCGUCAACAUCUCGGCGACAAAUUUCAGCAGUGCAUGGACCUCGCAGAACUUCGAUGCGUUGUACAAAAUGAUGGCGAAGUGUUGUGGUCCGAAUUGGGUCCUUUUCUUCUUUGCACCGCAGAAGUCGCAAAGCGAUGUCGUGCGUCACUUGUUUCGCUGGGAGGACAUCGAACUUAUCCCUGGGUCCUGGAAACCUGUGGACAGGCCAUCGAGUGACGUAACAAGGUACGGCAACAUCGCUAUGACGAGUCGGGACUUGAUGGUCAUCGAGCUGCGCGCUGAAGGAGGGGAUCUGAAAAAAGUAACUGUCGCGCCCCGACUUCUCAAUGAUCUCACCGAAGUGCAUGUUGUGGAGGAUAAGUUCGGGAAGUGUCACGGAAAACAUGGUGGCAUCGAAGGCGACGAAAGUGUUGUGUAUUCGAUUUGGGAGCGAGAAUCUGAAAAGUUCUUGCAUGCAAGUAAUAAUGUCAUUGUCUGCGACGAGUCGGCCAAGGACAUUGCAUACUUGACAAAGUUCAUCAACAUACUUGUCAAGGAGGAGAGAUUUGGGUGCCGGUUCGAGAAGCCGUGUGCCACAUACCGCACCAACAGGGAUAUGUACCACAAGUUGGGACCAAAGAGAUUGAAGGUGUGGGAAUACCUGUUCCGUGAUACACCGGAGGGACGUCUUGACGGAAGAUAUAUAUAUAAGAAAGCCAAGGUGACAAAGGCCCUCAAACAUUAUCACGGUGCUCUAACUGGCGCCUUCAAAACAUUCGUUGCUCGAUGCGAGAUCUUGAAGUUUGAUCUUCACAAAGAUCAACUCACGUUCAAGGACUAUGCAGACCUCGCUAAAUCGGGUGAAGGUUUUAACCCCGUCGACAGCGAGGAAGACUCAUCGGACUCCGACCUCAACAUUGGAAAUGACACCCAUGCAACCGGGUGGCGUGGGCAGUCUGCUGCCAUGGAGCACGACGACAAGGAAUAUGGACCGGGUCGAUUAGAGGGAUGCUCGAACCCGCCACCCGCGAACAGUGUGUCCUCGAUGGUGGACCGGGUUGCGUGUACGCCUAUGGAAGAAGGUGAGGAUGAUGAGCUUGAUAUUCCUGCUCAGACAACGAAGCUGGCGCCGGGCGAUCCUAUUCCUCAUGACUUUUGUGCGGACCCAGACACUAUGUGUUUCUUGGAGGACAAACACACCCCCACUGGGGAGGACAAGUGGGGCCAUGAUAUCAUUUGGCAUGACGACAUUUUCCAGCCAUGCAUCCAAGGUGGGGAGUGGAAGAUGGCGGUGAAGUAUGUGAAGGGUUGGAGACCGUUUCCCCUCAUGGGAAAGGACGGCUGGUUGAAAACGACGGAGCAAGCAAUUUUAUACCGCGUGCGGAAAGAGAACCCCGGGGAAAGCGAAAACUCCAUCACAACAAAGGCGAAACAAUUGUUCAAUGCCUUGCCAGCCACUCAGCAGUUGGAGUACACGCACAAGUUUUACGAGCUGCAGACGAGCCCCUCGCGCGGAUCAAUCGACUGGAAGGUCGACCGCACCCCCGCGGCCGAGAGCAUCGAGGUGGACCCCGAAGAAGAUGCCGCUCUUGUGUCCGAGGCGGCAGCAGGGAUCACUAAGGGUGAACAAAGGGAUGAUGUCAGGACCACGUCCGCCUUGAAGCCUCCUUUGCCAGCGGUGGGGAACACGUAUGCAGGCAAAGAGCCCAUCAUAGCAAUCUCUGUCGAAACGGGGGAUACAUCACAAGGUGGACAUGUGUCACUCGACAAGCCGUCGGAUGCGGGCGCCACAUACGGGAGUCUCCUCGCGACAGGUGCCGCAAUGGGAGGGAGAUCAGAGAUGGAGUCGGAGUCCGCUGUUGGGAUGGACGCCACGGGAAUGUCGUUGCAUCCGCCGUCAUGCACUAGCAAAGGUGAUGCACACUGUACAACAACACCACAGGGAGGGGCCACAGGGGAUGACGGGGAUGGGGGGAAUGCAGAGGGGUCUCAACGUUCUCGCAAUCUUAAGGACAUGACCACGGAUGAUGAGGAUGGGGCAGAAGGUGGAAAGGGCGUGAUCGAUCACACACAUGUAGAAAAUGAGGGGUGAGACAGGGCGCUGUUUUCAAAUCUUCGCGUGGAAAGAAAUGGCGCGCGCUGUUUUCAAAUCUUCGCUUAAUCCAAAAAACAUAUUUGUACUUCCAUGCGGGCUACUUGUCGUUUUUUUUGAACGGAAAGGCGAGGGUACACACAUGGGAUCUCAUUUUCGAAUAAAGUCUCAUCGCCAUU